AUGUACGACUCCAAAUCAUCCUUCCACCCCGCUUUCGCCGUCUCCAACAUCCGUAAUCACAUUCUUGUGGUUCUUGAAAUAAAGAAUGCACAAUACGGUACAUGGGCGGAAUUGUUUAAAAUCCACGCCACAUCCCAUAGGGUCCUACACCAUAUCAUCGAACCAGAGAAAGGGAAGCAGACAACCCCUCCCUCCGAUGACGACAAAGAACUUUGGUCGACCCUUGAUGCGACUGUGCUCCAGUUGAUUUAUUCCACUAUUUCGAAUGACUUCUUUACUACUAUUCUUGAGCCUGGUGCAAUGGCCAUGGAAGCCUGGGAUCACUUGCGUGACAUCUUCCAGGACCAUCAAAACUCUCGUGCCGUUAUGCUUGAACAAGAGUUUUCCACAACUAGGAUGGAAGACUUCCCGAACGCGUCUGCGUAUUGUCAAAGGCUCAAGAGCAUCUCCGAUCAGUUAAAAAAUGUGGGAGCUUCGGUUUCUAAUUCCCGCCUUGUUCUUCAGCUUGUUUCGGGUCUCACCGAUGCAUUUAAGGGUGUGGGAACGCAGAUUCGUCAUAGGAAACCAUUUCCUCCUUUCACCGAGGCGCUCUCAUCACUCGUUCUGGAGGAACGAGAACAAGCAAUGCAUGUGACCCACUCUACUCCUUCGGCGAUGGUGGCUGCCACAGGUGGUGAGGGUUCAACUUCCUCUUUUGAUGAUCCUCACUCGUCUGGCCAUGCUGUGAAUAACAGGGGCAAAAAUAACAACAAUAGAGGCCGCAAUUAUGGCCGUCGAAACAGCGUUGGCCGUGGAAAUGGUGGCGGCAAAGGCAACCACGGUCAAAGCGGCGGAAAUUACCAGCCACCGCUAGGCAGCUGGCCGCGUCACACGUCUCCUCACCUGUGGCAGCUUCCAAAUUAUGCUUGGGGAUGGAUGCCACAAUGGGUCGUGCCACCUUGCCCGUAUCCGUCAACUUGGCCGACGUCUUCGCAAGGCCCCUUGGACAAACAGCCGGGCAUUCUUGGCCCUGCUCCCCCGCCUCCGCAGCAGGUGUAUGUUGAUGCCCUAUACCAGCAGAUAUAUGCCUCGUCUUAUGCUCCCACAGACAUUGAAUCAGCAAUGCAUACGAUGACUAUGAAUCCUCCGGACCAGAAGUGGUGCAUGGACACUGGUGCCACAUCUCACAUGACAUCUACGAAUGGAUUUCCAGACGGGGAUGCCACUAAUUAG